UUUUAGUCAUUCAUUAUUAUUUUGGUAGCAGGGGGUUGAUUAUCUACUACCAUGGCCUUGUUCUGGCGAAAUUCUAGACUCCUUGCUAACCAGCGUUUCUGUCUACAGUUGCAGCAGGCAACAGUUAUUGCAGCUAAGGAACCAUUCCAAGUGGAACUUGUUGAAGGGAAGAAAUAUUCUUGGUGCAAGUGUGGGCUAAGUAAAAAACAGCCAUUCUGUGAUGGAAGUCAUAAAGUGACUCAAAUCAAGCCAGUUCGGUUUGUGGCAGAAGCAACCAGCUCUGAGAUCUUCCUGUGCGGAUGCAAACAGACAGGUUCAGCACCGUUUUGUGAUGGAACUCAUGCCACAGAAAAGGUCCAGUCUGCAGAUUUAUGAUGGUAAAUUUUCUAAACCGUUGCUUUUACUGUGGACAUAUUGUCACCAGCUGUCAAACUUCGUUUUAUCACGGUACAACCUUUAUGGAGAAUAUUGGAGUGUUCUAAGAACAAAUAAAGUGUCACGCGAGCA